CUCAGAUGGCAGAUGGAAUGGCGCCUUUACUUGUGGAGGUGGAACUGUAAUUCACAACCAUAACAUUCAUUUCAAGACAGCCUGUGUGUAUCUUGUUCUCACCGUGCAUAUUAAAUAUUUGAUUAAUAUUAUUGGGAAGAUCAUAGCACGUGUAUGAUGGCUCCGUUCAGCUUGAUGUCAGUCGGUGUUAAUCUUCUGGUGAAGUCUCUGGGUCUGUUCUCGACUGCAUCUGUUGUGAGGUGUUCAUGUGUAGCUCCAGUGUUAAAGAGGUUUAGCACCACAACCGGGGGUCCACCUAAGAGACCCCUGACAGCAUACAUGACAUAUGUGAAAGAGAUGCAUCCCACCAUUAACAGACAAAAUCCAGGAGUCAAAAAUGUGGAUAUUGUCCGAAAGUUAGCACAGCAGUGGAAAAUGCUGACUCCUGAACAGAAGCAGCCAUUUCAGGAUGCAUCUUUGACAUCCAAGGAGCACUAUAAGCUUGCGGUGGAGAAAUACAAAGCCCAACUGACUCCUGCACAGACUGCUGCUCUUGCAAUAGAAAAACGACAAAAAGUGGCCAAACGAAAAGCAAUUAGGAGAAAGAAGGAGCUGAACAGUCUUGGAAAGCCCAAACGCCCUAGGAGCGUUUUCAACAUCUUCAUGUCGGAGCACUUUGAGGAAGCAAAAGGAAAUAAUAUACAGACAAAGAUGAAGUCGCUGAGAGACGACUGGGAGCGUUUCAAUGCAACACAGAAACAAAUGUACAUACAGCUGGCAGAGGAUGACAAAGUACGUUACAAGAACGAAAUAAAAUCGUGGGAGGAACACAUGAUAGAGAUUGGAAGGGAAGACCUUGUUCGGAGAAAAGAGAGGAGAGCCAUCAAAGCCAAAGCCACUAAAGACAGAAAGAAGAAAUCCAAAGUAACAGUGCUAAAGGCAAAAGCGCCAAAAAAGAAGACCGAAACAGCAGUGAAAAAGACUGUGAAGAGCACCAAGAAGUGAGAUGAUGUGUAUGAC